UGGUGAAGACAGCACGGCAAUUUGUGGGCAACAGAACAAAGCGAGCGCCACUCGUCAGCAGAGAACCACCUGCCUGAUUUCAACUGGCCCAGAGAAUGCCACAGCAGUCAGCAGAAUUGCAGCAUCUGGUAGUCAUACGCUAGUACGAUAUAAUUUAGCUUGUUAACCCCCGGCACUUCCACGAGUGCUUACACGAGCAACAAGCUCUUACCAGUAGGAUAUGUAUUUGAGUGUGAGAGGAGCAUGAAAAAUGCAGCGAUAUCGUCAGAUAAAUGUUUUUUUUUUUGUUGUUGUUUUGUGUGAGGAUUAGUUAGGGUAGAUUAUUCUGUGGAAAGAUAGCAAGGCUUAUCGGGGCGCCUCUGCUAGCAUUCGAAAAUUUUCACAGUCGCGUCAAGCUAGUGGCGCACUCAAAUGUCUCGUUUUUUCCAGCUGUGCGAUAUUACUUUAACCGAAAUCCUGAAGUGACAAAAGCUUUAUUAGUGUUCUUUCUUGGCAUUGAGUGCGCAUGCGCGGCGAUUUGACACUGCGCAUACCUGAAUACACGCCAGUUACACGGCAUCGAAACAUCGGGCAUGGCUGAUGAAAGAAGCUACGAAUACACGCCUCCUGAGUUUAGUAUGACGGACGAGACAACUGCAAGCACAAGCUGUGACGGUACUCCGGGCGCUUCAUCUGCUUUGGACGCCUACACCACCAUUCCUGAUGACGCCUGGAAGUACCCUUGGAACACACAGCCCAUGCCGAUAACCGACGGGACUUACAGCGUCGAAGGUGACGCUGAAAAUGGCAUGACGAGUUACCAGGAACUGGGGUGCGUCAGCAGCAUCGAAAACGCAAGGCCAAGCACAAUUCGAGCUGGCAUGGAUGCAGCAUCAGCCAAUUUUGAAGACGGCGCCACAAUUCCUGAGACCACCUUCGUUGACCCACCGAGGAGGCAGUACCACCCGGCUCAUAGCAAAUCCACCGUCUGCGGACAACCAGACAAGCCAGAAAGCGGAAGCUCCGGUUACACGAUUCCGGUCAACAGCAGUGGCGGCGACGAAGCAGUGGCUAGUGAAAGCUACGUUGGCAUGGAAGAAGCAUCGGGAAUUUCGCGAAGCGACCCUAGGAACUCCACUGCAACAGGAGGAAGGAAACAGCGAGAGUUGUGCGGUAUCUGCGGCAAUGCUUCGAGCAGACGGGGCGCCUCACAGGGGCACGCUAACGAACACAUGGUCGACACAGCCCACUUCUGCAAAGCAUGUGAUCAGUCGUCUGUGAAGGUGUCUAAGUCUGUAGAUCAUGGCCACAACCCUACUACCAGAAAACACAAAUGCCUAACCUGUGAUAAACUGUUCCACCGGGCUGGUCAUCUAGUUGAACAUUACCGCACACACACAGACGAGAGACCCUACAAAUGCGAAACAUGUGAUAAAGCGUUCCGACGGGCUACUCAUCUAGAUAGCCACAAGCUCACGCACACAGGUGAGAAAGUGUACAUUUGUAAAACAUGCGGUAAAUCAUUCACGCGGGUGGCGAAUCUCCUAAAACAUGAGCAGGCUCACGAAGAGGAGAAACGUUGCGUAUGCCAAAAAUGUGCUAAGUCAUUCAAAAAUGAAUAUGAUCUCGAGAGACAUGUAGACUCUGAAUGUGGAAACGACGCUUUCGUAGGAGAAAUCUUUGAUCGAUCCUUUCAGAAGAAUUAAAAUAUCUGUCGUCACCGCCGAACAAAGCACGUGGAUCAAACACCAUAUAAGUGUAAGCAGUGCGGAUGUCGUUUUGCAGACAAAGAAACACGCGAUAGGCACGUGUGCCAGAAAGAAUGCAAGAUGUGAACAAUGCUGUCUGGUUUUCUGAAAUUACGUGGCAAGAGGUCGUCGCCAGGGUGUCUCAAUGUCGAAAAAUAAUGCCGGUGCUGGCCAGCGCUCACUGUUCCAUCAACUGCGUUGUUGGUGAACGUUUUUAUCAGUGAUUUGAAGACAAACCCUAAUGGGCUGCAUGUUUUUGUUUUCUGUAACUAGAUGGGUUAAAUGUCCACAAAAGAUCUUAGACUCCACAUUCAGUUAGGGAAACUAUUGUGCAGGUGCUUUGACAGUGUACCAGCAAACAAGCUUUUUUAAACCAUAUUCCUAGUUAUUUUAGUAAACAGAAUGGAAUAUCUCUUAUUAGGAAGCAUUUGAGAAAGGAGGUACUGUGCUCUUGUCAAUCAAAAGUAAUUUCUGCCAUUAUUCGAGGUCGAAAGGCCAAGUUACCUUCGAGAGGCAGCACAUGUAGAUGCUUUUACGAGAAGGUACAGCAAAAUUGUGCGCGUAUGAAAAUUAUUCCCUCGAAAUUUUGUUCUUUCUUUGGUGCGUGUAUUCAUACCGCAAAUGUUUAUUCUAUACCAUAAACUAAGCUGAUGAUGGCAGUCACACUGUAUUAGAUUCAAAUUAUUUAGGUGUUCACAAUAUGAUACGGUUUCCCACUAGAAAAUUUUAAUUAGUCAUGUUCUGUUGUGGAGGAAUCUUUGAAGUUUAAGCGGCUGUUUCUUAUCCACUCGGAAGACGUCUGUUUUGACUCGCACUGCUGUCUGAUUGCAGCCGUGGAUUCUUUUUUAGUCUGAUGUGACAAAGCUCUCUGUACAGUACAAAUGAAGGUUCGACAAGUGUGUUUUCACAUACGUUUACACGCUAUCUUGAAUAUAUUUUUUAUCUGAACGCGUUUCACCGGCAAAUCACCGGUGUAUCAGAACAUUGUCCAUCUUUCUCACCGAUUAUACAUUUUUUCAAUGCUGCAGUCAAAUCUUUUGUAGUCAAAUUGCAUGCGCAAUGCGAAUAAAAUUGUGCAUCCUUAAAGGCAUGCAAGAACCAA